AUGGCCCCAUUAUCAAGCACAUCCGUCCGCUCAGCAUGCGGUUCGACCGCCAAAUCAAGACCCUCGCGCUUCCCGGCGCCGGUAGCUCCCGAGAAAAUCCCCAACUCAUCCAUCUGCGUCCUCCGCACUGUCGCUGCUCUGCGCGCCCACACGGCGCCCCUGACCCGCGAUCACCGCACCCUCUCCCUCGUGCCCACGAUGGGCGCUCUGCAUGCCGGCCACCUGGCUCUCAUUCGCGCCGCCGCUCUCGCGUCCCACAAUGUCAUCGUCUCCCUCUACGUCAACCCGGCCCAGUUUGGUCCCAAGGAGGACCUGGCUUCGUACCCGCGCACCUGGGACGCCGACGCCGCAGCCCUGGCCCGCCUCUCACGCUCCCUCGCCGACGAUCCAGAUGUCCUCGGCAAGAUCUCAGCCGUCUUCGCGCCCUCCACCGAGGAGCUCUACCCCGGCGGCUUCCCAGGCCAGGACAUCGACUCGCCGGGCUCCUUCGUCACCAUCACACCCCUGGCCGCCCGCCUCGAGGGCAGCUCGCGCCCAACCUUCUUCCGCGGCGUCGCCACCGUCUGCGCCAAGCUCUUCAACGCCGUUCAGCCGCAGCAGGUCUACUUUGGCCAGAAGGACGUCCAGCAGACCGUCGUCAUCCGCCGCCUCGUCCGCGACUUUCUCUUCCCCACCGAGGUCGUCGUCGUGCCCACCGUCCGCGAGCCCGACGGCCUCGCCCUAAGCUCCCGCAACGUCUACCUCGGCGAGAGGCGGCGCGCCGCCGCGACGGUGCUGCACCGCGCCCUGCAGGCCGCCGAGGGUGCGUACGAUGGCGGCGAGCUCGAGGCCGGGGCUGUCCUCGCUGCCGCGAGGGCCGUCACGGACAAGGUGGCUGCUGAGCAGGCUGCGUUGGCGGCGGAGGAUCGAGUUCGGUUUGAGGUCGACUACAUCUCGCUGACGGAUCCGGAUACGAUGGAGGAUAUCGUGGCCAUUGACCCUGCGAGGGGGGCUAUUCUGUGCGGGGCCGUCAAGAUGUUGCCGGUCGAGGCGCCGAAGGAGGGCGAGGAUCUCGGUUUGAGCGGAGGCCCGGCCGUGAGGCUGAUUGAUAACAUCAUCCUGCCGCCAAAGGCGUCCUGA